AUGCCUCAUUCAUUCGGUAAGAGAGCAAGAACUCGCUCAAAGUUCUCCAAGGGAUUUAGACAAAAGGGUGUUCCCAUGUUGUCAAGAUAUUUGAAACCCAUCAAGGUUGGAGAUUAUGUUGAUAUCGUUGUCGACUCCUCUAUUCACAAAGGUAUGCCAUACCACUUUUAUCAUGGGCGCACCGGUGUUGUAUACAACGUAGCUCCCAGAGCCUUGGGUGUUAUUGUCAAUAAGGUUGUUGGUAACCGUCAAAUCGCCAAGAGAAUCAAUGUAAGAAUUGAGCACGUAAGACUUAGUCGAUGCAAUGAGGAUUUCCUUAAGAGAGUCAAGGCUAAUGAUGCUGCAAGACACGAGGCCCACGUUGCAGGUUUACCAUCACCUGUAACAAAGCGUGUUCCACAAUUACCAAGGGAAGGUGGAUUUGUAGAUUGCUCAAAUAUGGAGGUGCUCACUCCCCAUAUUACUGUUGCUAUUUGCUAA